AUGACUGAUUUGGGCUGCAAAAAGCAUAGUGACUGCACCAUCUCCAGACUGCUCAAUGUGGUGGAGAAUGAGCUCCAAGCUGGACGAGACAAAGGAGACCCCACUGAGAAACAGCUCCAGGUGGUUUUGGAGGAGGCUGCGUUGUGGCAAAGGUUCAAAGAAGUGACGAAUGAGAUGAUUGUCACCAAGAAUGGCAGACGGAUGUUCCCAGUUUUAAAGACCAGUGUUUCAGGCUUGGAUCCGAAUGCCAUGUAUUCUUUCCUGCUGGAUUUUGCUCCAACGGACAGCCACCGCUGGAAGUAUGUGAAUGGAGAAUGGGUGCCGGCUGGGAAGCCAGAACCAUCAAACCACAGCCGUGUCUACAUCCACCCAGACUCUCCCAACUUUGGGGCCCACUGGAUGAAAGCCCCUGUGUCUUUCAGCAAAGUGAAACUUACCAACAAGCUGAAUGGGAAUGGGCCGAUUAUGCUGAAUUCUUUACAUAAAUAUGAGCCUCAAGUUCACAUUGUCCGUGUUGGAGGCCCACACAGGAUGGUAAUGAAUUGUUCCUUUCCUGAAACUCAGUUCAUAGCGGUCACUGCUUAUCAAAAUGAAGAGAUAACAGCCCUCAAAAUCAAGUACAAUCCUUUUGCCAAAGCCUUUCUGGAUGCAAAAGAAAGAAACCAUACAAAGGAUACUUCAGAUACUGCCUCUGAAAGUCAGCACAUGACAUAUUCUCACUUGGGUGGCUGGUUGAUUUCCAAUCCAGAUGCCGUAUGUGCAGCAGGAAAUUCAAGCUAUCAGUACAAUGGCCCUUUUUCUCUGCCCACACCACAUUCUCAUCACAGCUGUGAACACUAUUCAGCCGCCUUCCGAGGGCACAGAGCUGUGCCGUAUCCUGCCUCUUACAUGCAGAGAAAUCACUCCCCAUCAGUGAAUUUGAUAGAAAGCAACAACAAUGAUGUUCAAGUAUCCCCAGGCCAAGACGGCUGGACUUCGGUACCAUCGAGUCCCCAUGCCAACUUGCUCCCAGUGUCGCACAAUAACGGCACUGCUACCUCAGGACCUAGCCAUUAUCCAUGCCUCUGGACUGUCAGCAACAAUGCGGUUAAUGUUGCCAACCUUGCCAGUGAUGUAAACAGCGCCCCCCCAGGCACAUUCUUGCGCAGCAACAACCCAUUGCAGGCCGCGUCCUCAUCUGCUCCAGUUCCUCUGCCGGGAACAGUUGCCAGCAGCAUCGAGAUACAAUUGGAGCCUGCUGUUCCCAGACUAACAGAUCCCACCUGGGCCUCUGUAGCUUCCCAUUCAUUUUAA